AAUAAUAAUAAUAAUGGUAAUUAUAAUCAUUAUAAUAAUCACAAUCAUCAUAAUAAUAAUCAUAAUAAUCAUAAUAAUGACGACGACGAUGGCUUCAACGGGGGACGCUUCGAGCUGAACACGUGUGUUGCUCUGUUACUCGCGCGUGUCUGUGAAGCGACUCGCUGUCAAUCAAGUCGUUGGUCGCAGCUGUGGUUCAGUGGUUCAGAGAGCAGACGUCGAGCUGCUCGGUCUCUGCCCCGUGACAUGCCGGCGUCUGUGCAGGACCCCGCUCUCCUCUCCAAGUCCAGGCUCAGGUCGGACUUGGUCGCCCACAAUGUGAAGCUGCCUCCCGCCAAGAGCCGCAAGGAGGUCUACGUGGAGUUGUACCGGAGACACGUGGCUCGGAAACACGCGGCAGAGUUCUCCAGCGACGACGACGACGACGAGGAGGAGGAGGAGGAGGAGGAGGAGCGGGACGAUGAAGCUGACAAGGGGGGGAGUCCAGAGGACGCAGCGAUGCCCGACCUGAGCGAAAUAGGAGUCCCGCUGCCGUGUUCCCCCCUCCUCCAAAAAACCACUGAUAACUACAAACUGCUGUUAGCCUCCACCAGGGCCUUGUACGAGAAGAAGCUCUGCAAACUGCUUCAGCCUGACGGACGUGACCAACUAAACGGAGCAGAGAUACUGUACUCAGACAGUGAAGAAGAGGAAGAAAAGAAGGGGGAAGACGACGACGAUGAUGAUGAUGAUGAUGAUGAUGAUGAUGAUGCAGAGUCAGGUGCUGAAGAAGAAGAACAGGAACCGGUUGAACGGUCGGACCAGGCCCAGGACGAGAGCCGCCAGAGCGGUGGUUUUUCUUACCCACAGUGCUUUGUACCGUCAUCACGACUGCAGGCUCGUGCUCCUAGAAACAGGGCGGCUGGUCCCAAGUGGAAUUCAGGGAAUGCGUUGAAGUCAUCAGAGCGGAGUCGGCCUCGCGGCCCACAGAUUCCUGUAGGAAUUAGCAGAGCAUCCUCUGUAGAUCAACGCUCGGGAUUAGGAUCAGCGCUCCCCGAAAAGCCUGCGAAAGAUACUUUCAAGGACUUGCUUCCGGCUGAGACCACACCCACAGGGAUCUACGCCACUCGCCGCAGGCCCAUCAGGGGGGCAGCGGGGAGGCCUGUUCAGUACCUGUACCCCGACACUCCUGUCAGUCCCACGAGCCUGGAGCGCCGAGAGGUGGAGCGUCGCCUUGUUCCCCUCCACAUACAGAUUGUGGUCUUCCUCAUCGUGACGUGCCUCCUCUACCUCAUUUUUGUUUGUGUUGAUGAAAACUCAAUCAGUCCGUUGGUGGCGUUACUCGACGGUCCGAACCAGGGGUCAGACAGUGAGGGGGCACACGACACGCCUUCUGAUCAUGAGUGAUUUUACUUUUUUUAACUGUCUACCUUGAAUUGACAAAAAAAAAGCAUUUUUGUCGAUGACUCUGUCCUGGGUUGUCUUCAGAGAGCACAUUAACUUAAACACGUAUUUACUGUUUGUCUGUAUGGAUGCAAACCUCCAAGUCUAGUUUGACAAUAUUUAUGUUUUGCUCAGAGACGUAUCGCUAUCGUUAAAACAACCACGUGGACAUAGAGAUGCUACAAAGAGCUGGAUAUUUUGACAAAUGUAUAAAAUAAUGAGAAAGGUGCUAUUUGUGUAACCUGAUGUCUUUUCAAGGAAUCAGUGUCAAGGUUUGUCUUCGAUGUGCAUAGUUAGUUUUUUUAAAUAUUUGAAUCUUACUUCAAUAAAGGAUUUCUUGCGUCGUACUUUUUUGUGUGCAACUGCAUGAUUCUAAAGCGAAAAAGAAUUAAAUCAAUUUCUUCCCUCCACCCAGGAGGUGACAUCUUCA